GUUUUCCUCUGAUACUGUGUGAUGAAGGACUGAAACACAGAUAAAAAUAACCACUUUGUUUCUGUACUGACGUCAGCAGAUGGGGGCGGGGCCGGGCCGGGGGAGCGGCUCGCGCUGAUAAAAGCUCCUCGUGUCAGUCUGCACAGUGAGGAUCUCGUGACGACGUCAUGGACGGACUACAGUUGAUCACGUGUGUUCUGCUGGCGGUGACCUCUGACCUCAGCGCUGCUCAGCAGGUGUCUGCAGACUGUUCCACAUGUCCUCCAGGUUACUAUGUGGAGCAGAACUGCAGUAUGGAGGCUGACGGGAGGUUAAUAGGAGUCCUCUGUAAACUCUGCAGACAGUGUUCAGCUGUUGGUCAGGUGACUGUGGAGGAGUGCUCCAUGUUUGCUGACUCGCGGUGCGGCGAUGUAACUACACCUGUCUUCACAGCGACGCCCACACCUGCUGCAGCUGCUGUCUCUGCUCCUAAAGAUUCGAUCAUCCUCAUUGUGAUAAUCAUUUCUGUUUUCAUGAUCCUGCUGCUUGGUCUGCUCCUCCUGCUGAUGCUCUGCUGCAGAAACUACCGCAGUCACCAGUGUGAGAAGCCCCUCCCACCUCACAACAAACCCCUCCCAUUUCACAACGAGCCCCUCCUACUUCACAACAAGUCCCUCCUAUUUCACAACAAGCCCCUCCCGUCUCACAACAAGACCCUCCUACUCGACAACAAGCCACUCCCUCCUCAUGACAAGUUCCUGCCCUGUUGGAGUCAGUCCAGCUUUAGUCCAGGUGAAGUCCAGGUACAAUCCAGGUACAGUCCAGGUGAAGUCUAGGUGCAGUUCAGGUAAAUUCCAGGUACAGUCCAGGUGAAGUCCAGGUACAGUUCAGGCACAGUCCAGGUGAAGUCCAGGUACAGUUCAGGCACAGUCCAGGUGAAGUCUAGGUACAGUUCAGGCACAGUCCAGGUGAAGUCUAGGUGAAGUCCAGGUACAGUCCAGGUAUAGUCCAGGUGAAGUCUAGGUGAAGUCCAGGUACAGUCCAGGUAUAGUCCAGGUGAAGUCUAGGUGAAGUCCAGGUACAAUCCAGGUGAAGUCAAGGUAAGGUCCAAGUACAGUCCAGGUACAGUUCAGGCACAGUCCAGGUACAGUUCAGGUACAGUCUGUGUACAGUCCGUGUACAGUCCUGGUAGAGUCCAGGUACAGUCCAGGUGAAGUUCAGGUACAGUCCAGGUGAAGUCCAGGUACAGUCCAGGUACAGUCCCAGUACAGUCCAGGUGAAGUCCAGGUGAAGUCCAGGUACAGUUCAGGUACAGUUCAGGUACAGUUCAGGUACAGUUCAGGUGAAGUCCAGGUACAGUCCAGGUACAGUCCAGGUGAAGUCCAGGUACAGUUUAGGUACAGUUCAGGUACAGUCCAGGUACAGUUCAGGUACAGUCCAGGUGAAGUCCAGGUACAGUUUAGGUACAGUUCAGGUACAGUCCAGGUACAGUCCAGGUGAAGUCCAGGUGAUAUAUUUGUAGUUUUAUUGUACUUUUCAUGUUUAUAGUUUCAUGUUUAUCUUUGAUAUUAAACGUACAGACAGGAGGUCUCACUCUGCUGGAGGAGUCUGGCACUG